GACACGUUCGAGUGGGUUUUCGCGCGUCUGCCGGAGACAUUAGAGGGUGUCGCCAUGCAGUUUCUCCUCCCGAGUUUCCUCACCCUGACGGCGGCGCUGUGGGCGGGGCCUCUGGCUGCCCACGCCUCCACGCCCGCGCUCGCCUCGGACGCCCACGAUUUGAUUGUUAUUCUCCUGGAUGGGUUCAGGUGGGAUUACCUAGACAUCCACAUGAGAGGCGGUUUUCCAGGCUUCGAUAAAUUUGUGGAUGAUGGCGUUCGAGCAGAGUAUCUGAACCCGACGUACCCGCCAAAUUCCUUUCCAAAUUGGCACACGAUUGUUACAGGCUUAUACCCUGAAAGCCAUGGCAUCGUCGGUAAUUUCAUGUACGACGAAAUGCGAAAUGCCUCGUUUAACCUGAACCACCUGGAGACGACCUCAGACCCCCUCUGGUGGCAGGAUUCCGAACCACUCUGGAUCACGACCACGAAGUCUGGGGUGGAAACGGCGCUUUUCCUGUGGUCAAGGUGCGACGUGCCUUGGGAAGGAAAGAUCCUGCCGAAGUACUGUGUUCCCUACGAGGACACGCCCCCCAACACCCAGCUCUUCGUUAAAAAUCUCAACCAGGCCGUCGACAUGCUACAGAACGAGGGAUACAAGCUGGCCAUGGUCUACGACGGGGUGAUCGACACACAAGGUCACGCUUACGGCCCAACGUCUCCUGAGGUCAAUGUAGCCCUCCGAGAUGUUGACCUCGCUCUGCAGGGCCUGUGGGAGGAUCUGGCCUCGAGGGACAUGCUCAACACGACGAACGUGGUGGUGCUCAGCGACCACGGCAUGACGGACGCCGGCCAGAAGGAUAAGAUGUGGCUGGACCUCGCUCCCUGCCUUGACUACGCGCAGGUUAUCAAGACCACAGAACACGCGGGGUACAUCAACAUCCUCCCAACGAAAGGCUACACAGACCAGGUAGAGGAGUCGCUGAAGAACUGUCCGGACGUUUCUGAGAACAUCGAAGUAGUGAGGAAGGAGAACAUGAAGGAACGUUACCACUACAAGGACCACAGACUCAUCCACGAAAUCAUUGUGUUGCCGAAGUCAGGUUAUUACAUAAAAUCUCCGGAAACCAACUACUCCCUGCCAGAGAGAGAAGGAACAUCCGUGGGGCAACAUGGCUUCGACCACACCCUCCACCAGACGCCAGACAUGCGGGGAAUCCUGUUCGCUUGGGGCCCGUCCUUUGUCUCAGGGCACAAAGCCGGGAUUGUGGAACAAGUGGACGUGUAUGGCCUGCUGUGCCGCGCCCUUCAGCUAUCAUGCCACGCCUACAAUGGCACGAUGGAUCACGUGGAAGACUUCUUCGACUCGGGUUCCUCCUCCGGUGCCCCGUUCUCAUCCCACCCUUCAUUCCUCAUCUACCUCUUCGUCGGUGUUGCCUCAGUCGUUGCCAUAGCUGUGAGCGCCACCAGAGGGCUUGGUUGAGGAAGAUGUUGAAGGGGGGUGUUUGAGAGUGGGAUGUAAUCUUUGUGAAAUAAGGAAGAAUUGACAGCAGUGUCUAAAAGCGUGUAGGGGCGUAGCUGGAUUUUGGGGAACAUGAGGGGGAGGGUGGGCAGCUCCUUUGAGAAGCGCCUAGGUUUAUUUAGGUUUCUGAAGAAAAAAUAUAAAUGGCAAAAUAAGAAACACAUCGUUUACUUAUUUGAACUUGAACCAAUAAUCAGUUUACGACCGGUACGAAGACAAUUAAAAUUAAACGGAAUUUACGGAGGCUUUUUAAAGUCUCCAUCCAUAGGGGGGCCCGGGGGUGGUGAAAAAAGCCCCCAGCAACGCCACUACUGAAGUGUUAGUAAAUGAGUUAAAAACUGUCCUUCAUCGUAUGCCAAAAUAAGUGUGUGAAAUAGUGUAUGUGUGUGUUUUGAUAAAUAAGGGGUUAUUGGUUGGUAUUACCCAAACUAUUGUUAUCAAGUUCAUAAGCUUAAAGACGCUUUAUUAUGUUUCUGUUUUCCACCCUGAAAAAAAAAAAAAUGAAGAAAAAGUAUUAUACAUCACACUGUGUAAUUAUACAGAGAAGUGCUGGUGUGAUUUUGUUACCCACAUGAAGCCUGACUGAAUACGUUUAAUGGAAUGUUUAGAAGUAGAAUGUAAACAUUUCACAGGAACAUUAAAAAAUAAAUUCAGUUUAGGAACCAUCAUUAAUUAGGUUACUGAUUAUAAUAUUUUAUAUAGUGCAGAAAAAGAAAAUCUAUUUCAAAGUUAACAGAUAUUCAAAGUAAACAUUUAGUCUUGCUAUAUAUAAUGUGUAGGAAAAAAAUCAUUUAAAAUCAUUUGAUGGAUUUACUAAUAAUAUUUAUCAUCAGAACUAUUUCCAUCAGUUGCACUUUGUGGGUGGAUUCUUUCACCUCAUUAGUUCAUGGGUUUUUUUUAGCAUAAUUUCUCUUCCCUGUUAUUAUGAUCUCAUCUUCUUGUAUUGGGUAACAUUACUUUUAGUUUCUGCAAAGAGAAAACUGACAGCAGAUAAAAUUACAGACAUAUUGUUUGGUCUUAAAUUCCUGCUGUAUGAUCUCAAAUAUAUUGAAAUUUGGUUAUCAACUUUGGUAAUUUCCUAAGGAAGGUUUAAUGACGGGUCACUAAUGUCCUUAUUGUUUACCCAAAGCAUAUGUGUGAAGUUAAGUCUGAAUUAAAACAAUAUGAAGUCAAA